GAAAAAUGGCGGACUGAGAUCAGAGGGAAGUUAGCAUUCUAGAGAAAGGAAACAAAAAAUCUUUCCCCUAGAGUUACAGAUCUGUGUGAUUUUUAAGGCAAAGGUAAGACUGCUAUUUUGAGAGUAGAAAAGAUUGCGUGAUGGCGUAUGAUUAUAUACUUCAACAGCUGACUUAGUUGUCUCUACAGCUUGCCAUAGCAACGCACGAUCGAAUCGAAGCAGGACUCAGCUGAGCUGUCGAUCGUUUGUGAUUUUCAUGCUACAUUUGAUUUAUCAAUUUUUUUAGUUUUUGAUGAAAUUUUUGCUUUGCUCUAACAUUUUGUUGCAAGUAUAAUUUGAAGUCCUCGAGAGUCGAAUCAUUAAUCGAUCUUCUCUGAAUUAUGUUCAGCGAUUUCAACUUGAUUUUGAGAACCCAAAGUGACGGAGUUGUUUUGGUAAUUUGGCUUUUCUUCUGCAGGUGUAACACGAUGGAAGUAUCCAGUUCAGCUGACAAGUCACGUUCACUUGACACCAAUUUUAUGUCACGACUGAGUUCCAGCCAGAAAAUGUAAGUGAAGUGCGUGAGAGCGUUCAAGUCUAGUGGCUUAUUACUGGUGGAACUUACCUUGGUCCAAGAGCUACUAUUCAAACUCUAAGCUUGUCCAGAAUGUUAUGUGUCUCCUUGAUUUACUGCACAUAAUCAUACUUUGGUCAGCUCUGUAUUUCUUCUUUUCUCAGGAGCAAAAUGGAAGCAAACAGACUAGAAAUUCAGUGGAAAAAAGUCUGUGAUCAUGAAAAGAGGAGCAAGGAAAGAAAUAGAGAACUGUUGAAAGAUUUUGAAAGGGUGGAACAACAUGCUGCUAUGCUGGCUGUAAAAACAGAGAGGCUUAAAGCUUAUAAGGUGACACUUAAGUACUGUGUUGUUAUGUUAUAAUUAUUUUAAAAAUUUCAGAUGAAGGGGAUGUUAAGAGUGAUAACAACCUCACAUUGACCAUGAUCCCUUGAGCCUACAUAUAAGUGAUUCCAUUCUAUAAAAAAUAGUCCUUUCUAAUACAAAUAAUUACACUUUCCUUUUGUGACAAUUGUAGAGCUUGAAAGUAACUUUUUUAAUAACUUCUACAUUUUUAGGAGCAAUAUGAAAACUACAUCAAUAAGAUGUAUCCAAGAUGGAAAGAGGAACUGGAGAAUUACAGACUAAGUCAACACCAAAACAAAAAUGAACCAGCAAGAAACGUAAGUUACUCUUAAGUUAAAUACUCAACUAUCUAGGUCCUGAGUUAACAUGAAAUGUUAAUGAACAAUUAUUUUUUUGUAGGGACCUAGCACAGAAUUUUUGACCUCAUCCUUAAGAGAAUCUAGACUUGAGCCACAAUUUUCUGCAAGCACUCCAUUACCUGGAAGCAUUCUGAGUAACCAGCACAAUUCAGUACCGACAGCUUACAACAGAUCACCUCCCACAACAAAUUAUCCAGCUGAUCGUCGCCAUCCUCAUGAUCAUUUUGCUUAUCAUGGGCCUUCUCACCCAAAUGGUGGUAAUCUGCCACCAACUGGAUAUUAUCCCUCUGACAGUAGAUGGGAAAGUCCUGGAUAUUAUGACUCACAAAGACCUUUGGAUAAUAGAGUACAUCAAGGUCAGAUGCCAGAAAGCAACAGAGGCCCUACAAAUGUACAGUACAGGUCACCAGAUCACUAUUUUGGAUCACCAGGUGAUCAGUUUUAUGACAGACGACCACACCCAGGAGAGACCAGCAUUCCCAGAAAUGGUCCUCCUACAUCAAGUUUUAUGUACUCAGAUAUUUCACAUCCCAGAUCCCAGGAAGCAACAUCUUAUGAACCAAGAACAGAGCUGCAAAGGACACACCUGGGGUACAGAAACCAUCCAGGACUUUAUGAACAGAAUGGAUACCAUGAGUAUUAUGAUCAAGGUGGAAUGGGACAGGGUUACGGAGGUUCUGCAGAUCACAGGAUGGCUGAAUUUAAACCAGCUGUUGUGAAUAGAAAGGUUUUCAAUAAGGAAGAUGACUCACUUGUUGAUAAGGUAAGGUUUAUUCAGUUCUGAAAUUUUCCUCUCUGUGCUUGUAUACGCAAAUGCACCUGAAUGUAAACCUGGUACCUUUGUACAAAAAUGGUGGCAACAACAGAAGGCAUUUUGGUGAGGGUUAAAAAACCAAAACCAAAGUACAUUGUGAUGACAAAGGCCAAUUGGAACCAAGGUAAAUGUAUCACAAGGAGACCAUGAGAAUCCAAGAUAAAAACCAGAAAACUGCCCAAAUUGUGGAAAACUCAGUUAAUUAAGUCAAUAUUGGUUUUAGUUUUCCAUCUGAUUGGUUGCAAGACCAAUAAAAUAACAGCAAAGUGAAGGAAAGGCAAUUCAGUCCCAAAUUUGAGUCUAUGCUUGAAGUUUAGAAUCUCUUCACUGAAACAUUAAUUUCAUUUAGUAAUUAUUAACUAUGGUUGUUUUGGAUUGAAAUAUUUUCUAUAACUUUUUCAGGAUUUCGUUGGUGGUUUACCCAAAAGAACAGUCAUGGAAAAUAGUCUGGAGUCUGCUCGAGAUACCAAACACCUCCCCCCAGAGGAUGCCACCAUUAGUCAAUCAUUUGUUACUCCUGAAAAACCUUUGGAGAGGAGCAAUCCUAUGUCGAGUUUGAAAAAUCCUCCACUGUCAUCACCAGCCAGUGGUACCUCUGUAGUAAAUACUAAUCAAGAACAUCACUUAGAGACUAGAGAGGAUGAUUCUGCCAUUUCACCGACCUCGUCCCAAGCUACUCCAAAUGUUUUAACAGAUAAGCCAGAGAAGGAAUCUGUGUUGAAAAAUGAAAGUUUGCCGGCAGAGGGAUCAGCUGAUUUCAAGACAGCUUCGAAGCCCGAGGUUGAACCAGUAAAGACAGUGGAGAUGUCAAACGGAAGGCCGCAAGAAGAGAUGGAAGUCAAGUCAGUUGAUGCAAAGAUUGAGGAAAGAAUUGCUGAAGCGCCUGGCACGCCUCAAGAGUUACAUAAAGAUAGAGAGCAAAGCGAUGACGAGGAAAGCUUGGAUUUAAGUGAUCUUAGCCUUCCAGAUGGAGGUGAUGCGGGUGGAAUAUCUUACGUUCCUUCUCAGAUAGAGCACAAAAAUGUCGAUGAACCCCAAAAAGAUGCUACCUUGAGCGGGGAUUUAGAAUUUUCUGCGAGUCCAAGUAAACCUGCUGUUGUACAGGACAAUAGUAAGAGCUUUACUGAAGACAUCAGUGAGCAUAUCCCAGAGUCCGUGCCGUCGGACAACGACAGUGAUGCUGAUAUUCCUUUGCAUGACAAAGUCAAGGAGAAACCUCCAAGCAGUGUUGAAAAAGUCACCGAAAAAUCUGAGCGGUUACAUGUUAGUGACAAUGCAGAAGAUGGAGAGGAUGCGGGUAGAGACGAAGUUGUAGGUGAUGUUAAAACUGAGGUACAGGCUGAGAUGACACACGUGGAGAUAAAGCCAUCAGUGAGUUUAGAUGGAUUCUUGUGUCUUUUGCAAGCUGUUGAUGCUGACGUUGAGGUGUCAUUUAGCCCUGAAACUCUGUAUCAUUCACCUAGCUGCAGCACCGACAUGCGAGAAGAGAUAAUAAGGUGAGCGUUUUAAAACAUGUUUUAACUUAACAUUUAAACCUUCAAGCGGUAGACUUUUGGCCAGUACUAACUUCUUUUCUGGGACGAGUCACCUUAAACAGAACAACCAAAAACUAAUACAUUCAUAAAACCAUGUUGUCAGACUUAUUAAGUUCUCAUUCCCCAUGGAGCAUAUCAGGUGAAUGCUGGUGGCCAUCAAAAACAUGCGUGUAAGGCUGAAAGUUAAAAACUUUGUUUUCUUAACGUUGCUUUCUAUGAACCAGAGUCUUUUGUUGGGAGAAAAGAACCUUGUUUCUCUCGAGACGAGACAAGAUGAUUUCAAAGGAUUGACUGUAUCUUUGUAGCGGCACAGUACAGGAAUCGAGGAAGAUCGGCAUAAAAAGUACUGGUAGCGGUGAUAUGAAAUGGCGAGGGACGGAAAACUGUUCGGUGCAAUAAUGUAGAAGGAAAACUAUGUAUGCAUGCAUGUUACUGCUUUUGUAAAAUUCCGUCUUGCAAAUUUCUCUCCUAAUUGAAUGUUUAACAGUUGAUUCAUAUACUUUAUGUUUAAUUUUUUUGGAAAGAGCUGUUGAGGUUGGCAGUAGUCUCCAGACUUUUGACCCGAACACGGUCAGCAUGAUUGUUCUUGAAGAGUUACCACUUUUGGUGUCCAGUUCCCCUGCUGGUUGCCUUAUUCCGGACCGAGUGUUUUCCCAAGGAUUCUCCUGUGCAACAGAGAAAGAGCUAAGGUAAGCUACUUUUGUUUGUGAAGUGCACAGUGUAACUGUAAAUUGAGGUUAUCAUGGUUCUGUCGGUACAGUUAGCGCUGGGAUUACUUCAUUUUAUUCCCGCCAAAAUUGGCAACUGUCAUUCCAUUCCCGCCAACUGUGUUGCAGCCGCGUCUCGUUUCCCGCCAAAGCGCGGUGAAGACGAUAGCGAAGACUUCAGUUUACUUUUUCACUCGCAAGGAUCACAUCUUUCUCGUAACCAGUUAAUGAAUUUCUUUCUUCUCAGGCAAGAGAGGAUAAAGUCAGCUCCCUUUGUCCUCUCUUGUUCUCAGGACGUGAAUUUCGUCCGGUUAAAAGCAGUUUUGUCCUUACUUUUUUCACAAGCGAAAUUGACGAAAAUUUUCAGCCAUUGACACGCCGUAGAAAGUGUUAGAUAUUACGAUGGCUUUCAACCAUUCUUUUAAAGGAUCGCCGGCUUUGUCAUGGACUGAGGUACAUACAUGAAGCUUUCUGAUAAGUACUUAUUUAGAUGCAGUGAAAGCUUAUCUUUGCACAAGUAUUUAAUUAAGCUUAAAACUUGUUUUUUUCUUCCAUCUUCAGUUGUCGCAUACACUCGGUUGGUUUUAAUUUAGAGCUCUUUUUUACCAUCGUUUCAUUUCAGGCCCUUGGUGGAAGCUUCACUGAUAAAAUUGUGGAAGGAGCUAUUUACUCAUCUUGUAAAUGUGGUGAAAAACAAUGUGAUGAAUCCAGAGGAAGUAGGAGAUACAUUCGGAUCGCUUCUGAUCUCUCAGUCUUCAAAGUACUGGAGAGAGGUAGGCCUUUACUUUGUGUUUCUGCUACAAAAGUUGAAGGUUAAUUUAAAGUGGUUGAAUGGGAGAGCAGUUUAAGUUAUUGCCAGUGUGAUCUAUAAGGACGUUUUAUCGGAUUUGGUUAUUUUUACGAUAAGAUGAAGGCUAAAAACUGCGGAUUAUUCAUUGUGCAAAGUUCAUGGUUGUUACUUUUACAUGGAAUUGUGACCCUAUCACAAUUGAGAGCUGUGCUCGUAAAGGAAAAGGUACACAUGGACAAUUUAUUUGCAAGCAACAUUAAAGAUCAAUGAACCGUCUCCUUUUCACGACUUUUGCGUCCAAAAUUAAGAAUUAUCGCCGUGUAGUCGGGCAUAACUCAUGUUUGCAUUAAACUUGAGUGUAAUGUGAUGUUUGUUUGUUUUUUUUUUUGUUUUUUUUUUUAAUGCCCAUCGCGGAGUGCAGUUCGGUAUAAUUUUGAAGGUACUCGAAAACCCAUUCGCUAGCCCUGACCCAUUCCCUCGUGGUGUACAAGUAUGUGCACAGCCACAAUCUCGUUGGAAGAUGAUUGAUAGGUCGACUGAGGAAAGUCAAUAUAAGGUAAAAUCUGCAGGCUAUUCCUUCCCAAUGAAAUUUGUACUCAGUACUGGAAAAAUUUUUUGCUCUUAGUGAGCUUUGGUAUACGCAAGCAAAAAGAUUUAUCUGUUGAAUUUAUUCCCUGAGGUCCAGAAAUCAGUUUUGAAGUAAUAGCCGUGUCAUUAAACCUUUCCAAACGUUAUGGACGCAUGCGUGCCCAUAAAUUGUGUUCUGGACCAUAAAGCACGGUCAAAUUAAGAUGUGUUUUGCAAAGAAACCACGCCUUACUAACUAUUUAAUAGAUCGGCAGGCUGCCUUUCGAAGUGUAUACAGCUGUGAAAAUUUGUUAUACUCACUGCGAGAUAACUGCAUGUUUUGGUUUUCUGAAAUAUUCACCGUAAGAAGAAACGUGAAACAAUGUACCGUUGUUUUUAUGACGAGAGGAACACUCCGUGCGUCACAUAACACACCCUUGGAACUAUUAAUGGAGUUGAGUGAUGUGUUCAAAUUUAGUCUUCGUGAACUUAGCAUCGGAAAUAGAGGAUUAAGUAGAACGAAAGAUACGACUAAGGUAAUCAAUACCUUCAAAGCUUCACCCUAAUGGUUUUUAGCGAUUAUGCAUCCUUCUUUGUUGAGACUUCUUGUUUCCUGUCUUAAAACUACCGAUUUCUUCUGCCACACGGCCACAUGAAGUAAUUACAAAUUGUAGUACAGUAGGUGAUUAAAUGUACGUCUUCUUCUGCGAAAAGCAGAUGUUGCGUAUCUAUUUGUGUUAUAAAGGAUGAAUGAAUGUUGAAAGAAAAGGCAGAGCCCCUAAAUGAUUGUGUGAUAAAUAAGUGCAAUACAAAUACAGAUGUGCGCUCAGUCACUUGUAUAGAUAUGGUUUUCUGUUUUAAAAAACAGAGUAGCAUCUGUUCGUGAGUAUUCUAACUUCCCACCUGUUUUACGUCUGAAAUUCAUCAAUAGAUCAUAGAUCAGAAUAAGCAUUGCUGGUACCGAAAGGAGCUCAUUUCUAAUACUUUUCAGCAAAGGAAAAAAAUUAUUUUGAGAUGUAUUCUGUUUUCGGAUUUCAACGCAGGAUGUAAUCUGUGCGUGUAACUUAAGUCAUCCCUUCCCUAAACCGGUGUUUGGAUUAAUGGAUGCGCCAAAGAAGAAAGUCAGCUUCGUUGGUCUUGAAGCUCUCAACAGAAUACAUCUUUUGGGGACUUGGUUUGGGACUUGUUAGAACAAGGACUCAUCAGAAUGACAAUCGCAGAGUAUUAAUAAUGGUUUAGUUUCAAAAGGAUUUCACCUCAGAUAUUUAAUGGGCUCUGUAUUUGACUACUACAAUUGGAUUAAGAGUGAAAAUUCUUGACCGCAAGUGGGUUUAUCUUUGCUAACUUCCGUAAAUUGAUGACAUCGGCACUUACAAAUCUUGAAAUAAACACCUGCGCUUUUGAUCAUGAACACUUUUGAUCUGAUGUCAUUCACUUUCGCGAGAAAAACUAUCCGAUAGGUUUUAUAUCGGUUCCAAAGUAGUUUUAUCGCAUCUUUUUGUUUCGACAAAACAAUUUACACAAAUGAGGCACUAACAUUCUUCACACACAUUUAGAAAUUGUCUUGAGGCUAGAUGUAGUCGAUAUCUUUUCAACGGAAAGUGGUUGAAAAUUUUUUUGGGUCCCUCGAGAAACCACAUUGUCACCAGGGAUGAUUGCGAUAAGUUCUGUUUUUUAACUACACUCGUGAAAAUUGUUUUUACUUCUUAUUAGCUGACGCUUCACCUCUCUUUGAGGUUGGUACCUACAUGUUUUUCCAUUUCGUUUUAUCGUAACUAUAACGUAUUUUAUCGUAUCUCAAAUAAACAUUAAUUUAACCAUCAGUUUGGAGUUCUCAAGUGUUUUGAAAAAGAGUAAAAUGAGAGUCUGGAAACACAUGUUGUUUUUCGGAAAACCACUAUCAAUCAGUCCCCACGUCACGCGUAGCUAAAUAUGUUCCUAAAAUCCGGUUGACUACAUUGUACUUUAUUAGCCAGAGGUAAGGUCAAGAUGGAUGGGCGAACCAUCUUGUGAAAACAAGCCUAAAAGACAAUGAAGGAUUUACUUAAUAGCCAAAUAUACCGCCACCAGGGAGUUUCAUUUUUGAUGCAAAAAAAUUUGAUAAAACUGUUCUUGUUUCUUUAUUUUGAUUGUCUUCAAAACGUGCGGUCGCUGUUUUUGGUCCCCAAAUGCUGUAAAAGAAAAGGUGCUCAGUUUACCAAGCCGGCAUAAUGCAUUCGCUUCACUGUCCCGAAUCAGAGCAGGCAUAGGCCUAAUUUUCCCACUUAUGGAGCCAGUCGUGGAAAAGGUUGCACCAACACUGAAUGGUUUUAUCCAUGAGAGAGUGGCGUGUGGGAGGCUUCAUUGGCCAAUUUCUUUCUUUUUAACCUUUGUAGGAGCACUCCCCCAGGAAAUUUUUCAUCUUUAUAACACAGAAGCGCUGGUUCUUCCAAAAGGAAUUUGUAUGCAGUUAAAUUGUUUUUCUGAAAAUAUACCUAUCAUCUCAAUCAUCACCAUCCUGAAAUCGAUUUAGGAGCGUAUUUAUUCCUGUUGGAUACCUUCACGGAAUCUAACUUAAAGACAGGUACAAUAAUCUAAGCUCAAAAUGAAGAAACGGUGCGAGAGGGAAAGAAAAUAUCUUAAGUUAAUCUCUCUGUACGUACCGAAGUUUCUUUUAGUUUUAUAUAGAAUAAGACAGUGUUUCUUUUGAAUUAUAGUGUUAGUCGAUGAUGACUGAUAGCUACCAUAGGAUCCACAGAUUGCUGCCGAUAAGCAAAUUAAAACUAUUAUUUUUUUACCCUACUAAUAGUCGUUUUUCUUAUCAGCCUCAUCUGAAACAUCAACCUUUUUCUUGUUCUUUUUACAUGAUCUGCGCAUGAUACUUAAUAGGCGCAUAUCCAUCAGCUGUUUUGCUGAUACAUUUCAUUGAGUCAUGAUCAUGUAUCCUGAUAUCGUACUAUGUCACUAAUGCAAAGGAACGCGCGAAAUUGAACCAAUAUGUUAAGGCACUUUUUUAGGUUUCUUUCUUUACAUGUAUUUUGAAAAUUUUCCAGCCGAAUUGUUUUGAAAACAUAUCAAUACUCUUGUUGACUGAAACACCCACGUAGAAUAUAUCAAUGUAAGAUCACUUCGUGUUAGUAUUCUGAUAAAUGUACGAAGACACCAUCAUUUAACUUGCUAAUUUUUCAGUUAGGUGUGAAACAGAUAUUUCAACGUUCGUCUGCCCGAUCGAUUUUUUGAAAGAAAGAUUUAACGUUGUUUCAAUUUUUCAAAGCUAAAUGUGACACAAGAACUACAGGAUACUGAUAACGUUAGUUCUUCUUCUUCUUUUUUUUUUUUUUAGCCUACUUUGUAUGUAAAAAAUUACUUGUAGUUGUUAAUGAGGUCAGGUUUUGAUUGGUAGACCCUGUUUAUGACAAUUUCAGUUUUAUUUCAAGGCUAACAAUUAAGAUGCACCAAUUAGUGUGGCUUCUUUGAGCGUUGAGGCAUUGUUCUAAGAGGCGGAAAAUUAACCUGCCGUCUUCGGCCAAGUCUGCUCGUUACUGGUUCAGGCUUUAUUACGUAGCAUUUCGUUCAGCCAGGAGUGGCUCAUGUAUUCUCUCAUGCGAUGCCACGGCGGAAUCAUUCUGACCACACGGAGGAGUCCGUUGACAUCAGCCACACGGUAGAGAUGCGCAUCAGUAGAGCUUGCGAGUCCAACGAUCUCAGAGAUUCCUCUAAGGUACUUUCCAAUGGCAAUGACAAAGAUUUGUGUGCCUGUCAUCUUGAGCUGGAACGCACGAAACAAAGUCUUGUGUUUUUCAACAUUUGAUUGUCCAUCAGUGAUGAUAAGGACUCGCUUUCUGACUCCAGGUCUUGCGCCACUUUUGCGAUUUAAAAUUAGCUCCUUUCGGCACACUUCAAGCGCGUCUUGAGUGUUUGUCCUGCCACGUUCAAAAGGUAUCUUCCGUAAAUUGUUAACGGCUUCUUUUCUCUCUGUAAAAUCAAAACGGAUUGUGGCAUUGUUCGAGAAUGUUAUUGCCGCAUACCGUCUGCUAUUUUGGGCUUUUCCAGUUAGGAGCUGCAGGGCUUUUAUUGUGCGAUAGUAAUCUCUUCGCCGUAUCGAUCCAGAUGAGUCAAUGAUGAAUAUUGCGUCGAACUGGGCAUAGAGCUGAGGGAUGGACCUGCGGUGCCUUCUUACUAGUCGUAGCACUGUGUCAUCAAUGCCCAUGAAAUACCUCAUCAGCUUGUCGGCAGUUUCGCGGGCAGGUGGAACUUUCUGGUAUCCUGUAAUGACAAAGGGAAUUCAAUUUAACUAUUUCACCAAAAGAAAAAGUUUUUUUAAUCCCAAUGUUAUUGCCACCCGGUAAGAAGUGUUUUUUAGCGUGCUCGAUUAUUUUGGUAACUGACAUCAUUUCAUUGGAAUAACAUUUGAAAAUAAAGUUAAUGACGGAGAACUCGCGUUGAUUCUGUAGAGAAGAGAAAACUCUGUUUACCCGUCCGUUGAUGUAGGUAUGAAAUGCUAAAACCUCACCCAGAGUUAACUUGAGGUGGGAAAAGGAAUUUACGAUUGUACAGCCAUUAACAGUUUACUGUACGCGAGUUUGUAUGAACGAAAAAUUGCUCUUUCCACUUACUUGUCCAGGGAUUCAUUUUUGUGUUCUGAGUUCUCUCCCAAAUAAAGGCAGAUGAAUCCUGCCCAAAAAUCAGGGGCAAAACCAGAGCCAUAAUUAACGACCACAUUUUGAAAGUGUUUGUUGCUUGGUGUGAUGCUUUCGUGUUGGUUGACACGCACAACUGGUGGAGUAAGUUGAGAGCCUCAACCUUAAAAUUUACAUCAACAUCCUCUCACAGUUAAUUUAAGCUUACGAUUAGCCGACACUUCUGGAAGCAAUUGUUUUUUUAAGCUUUUGAACAUCAGAGAAAAUGGGUCAGAGAAAACUCUAGGUAGGAGGCGUGGAAUGACAUACGUCACUUUACACGUCAUUUCAUUCCAGUCCAUUCUUAUGAGAGCUAUCUUAUUAUGUUUAGUAAAAAAAUUAAAGUUUGAAGUUGGCAAAAUGUUAAUAAACUUAAAUAUCUUAGAACAAUGUCAACUCCCAAAAUUGAGGUGUCGAUUUCUGUAACUUUUUCAUUUUAAAGAAAACAUUAUAACGUAACAGAAAUUUUGGGUACUUUUUAUUUUCAUGGCACGCUGUGGUUUUGUUUUGUAUUUUUCUCCGGCAUAAACGUCCAUUCAGCAAUGUUGGCCACUAUACAGGGAGGUCUAUAGAUAAAGAGGUUUAACUUCUUGAAUGUUACCAUAACAUUUUGCCGUGUUAAUGUAGGGUCUUAUCAUUUCUCUUUUCUGCCGCUAUUGUUUACUGUCGAAGGCUUGUCGCGUUAUGGCUAGUUUCAAAGCUUCUAGAUAUCUUGAAAGUUGUUUUAGUAUAAAUGAAUUUCUCGUAUGACAUUACUGGUUUACACAAUGGAACUGAAAAGAAAUCUUUUAUUUUUAUUUCUCGAUACUCCUCGCCUGUAACAGUCUAAAAUGACCUCAGGGAUGUCGUAGCGCACUGCAACCAAACACCCAUCAUUACGAACGUUCUACGCCUUUCCUUUUUGUAUGUUUAUUUUCAAUUUUGAAAUCGAAGCUAUUCGGUCAUUUCAAGUUUUGAAAAGAGUGUCAUGCCCUCUUUUUUACAUAUUCACCACUGUGGAAAAUGUACAAUUACCCGCUGUGCCACUGUCGCUCAUAUCAGUUACAACUUAACUGCUUAUGACCAAUUUUCUACCCAAAAAACUUCACUUCACUUUCGUGUUGGUUAAAACAACUAUGUCGCCUCUUAAUUCAAGUGAUUAUUUUUUAAUCUUUUUACCAGCCACUUUUGUUUAUACGUGGUACUUGUAGUCUUGAUAUUUUCAGCUGAUAAUCAGAUCAGAUUGUGUGAUUUCAUGGACACUUAAGAGCUUUUAGAUUAAGACAACAUGAAUUGUUGAUUGAUGAUAAUGUGACUGUCAGUACAUUGUACAUUACUGAUCGGUCAAAUUCAGUUAUGUUUUAGCUUAGGGCUUUUGCGGCGAAGCUCGCAAAGAAACCGCCUGCUGUUUGAUUCUCGGUUCGUUUACCAUCUUUUAAGAAAUAAUCUAUUUGUUUGUAGUCGGUAUAGAAUUUAUUUAAUACAAACAGACGUUUCUGGAUAAUUGCUAAAGGCCAUUUUCGUCAACUAUUGGGUUUUGUCAUUUGAGUGAUUUCAAAUAAUGGUCGGCUUUCGUGUCAGCCACAUUCAGAACAGUUCUGACGUAUAGUAUUGAGAAGCUAUUAUUUUAGAACAUGAAGUCGGAGUCAGAGCGUUAUGAGUCGUGGUCAAUUUUUGUAGACGUAUGCCUCGAAGAUCAAGACCUUAAAAAUUGCUCCGAUGUAAUUGAUUAGUUGUGAAACGUUCAACACAGCAAUGCGUUUAUGUAGAAAUGAGCCAAAGGGAAAAAGAAGUCUGAAGCUUAAUUCUUUUUUACACCUUGUGAUUAACUUUAAAAUGUUGAAGAUAUGUUCUUAGCAAUUCUGACUCGUCAACAAGCCACGUAAACAAACCAUUGAAUUCUUCAAAUCUCGAUUCUUAAUUAUUCUGUGUUUAAUUUACCGUCGUUACUGAUCACGACGAGUUCUUUGGCUGUAACUCAACGUCGGCAAAGGGGAAUGUUUUACUCGCGAUGCAAAUUUUAGAAGCAAAUCAGGUUGCGUUUACUUCGUCACUAUCAUUUACUGAAAGAAACUUGUACAGUCCUAAAAGUCCCUAGUUAAAAAAGACUUACGUGUGACGGAAUCUUCUUGAAUAAUUUGAUAUUUAGCAUGUAGCUAGAAGAGUUAGUUUAGUGUUAAAUUGGAUCGAUGCUAGCAUACUUUUUUUUAUUAGCUUCUUUGAGACCGAUAUGGGAAAAAAUCGAAAUCGUGGUGCAACAAGUUUCAAUCAUUUUGCAAAACAGAUUGAGGUUACCGCUACUACGAUAAUAAAGAUACAACCUCAAACACUCACUCAAGUGUAGUUAUGUUGUUGUGACUUUAUAACGAGUUCUUGACCUCGCAGGGAGCUGAGUAUCAAAGAAAUCUUUAUAUUCAAAACUACCUCAUGCUUGUGCAAAUUGAUUGGGUUUUGAGAAGGAUUUAUUCGCGUGGUGAAUAUAAGUAUAGAUUCGUUAUUGGUCGUUUUGGUGGGACACUUAACACGCACAUGACAUUCUCACAACGCUGAGCUUCCCGCCAACGUUUUCCGCGUUUCACGCGCCCGAUAUUUCAUUUUCCCGUUUUCUCUUUCACUUUCUCUUGUUGAGGUGUACAAGUGCCACUUGAGCUUAUGAGAGCAGCAAUUUCGUAGUUACUGAUGAAAUGCAUGUAAUUGUCCGUAGUUUUCAAGGGCCCUGGUAUAUGUUCGUGUAGUUUCCUGAAAAUUUUACUUCGGCACACUGUUAUAGGUGAUAGCCAAAACAAGUUGUCAUUGACAAUCUGAUACUCCUGUACUUAUGUGUGUUUUUUCUAGCUGUUUUCAAGAUGCCAUCACAAUCCUUUGAUAAACACUCAAAUAUAAGUAUCUUUUAGGAGAAACUUCUGUUGGCAUACAUGUACCUUUUCACACCAUCAGAGCACCCUAUAAGUGUCAUUCCCAAGUCAUUAUUUGGCUUAUCAAAACUUAUGCGGUUGUUGAUGCCUAUAUUGUUAGUGCCACGUGAAAGGUUAAGGUCAUUUUCGUUGACAAUCAUCUUGUUGAAUUUAUUCGGCGAGUAGAGCUCUUAAGUGGCGAAAAAAGUUAAAGAACAGUUAGAUAAAUCAAAUCAGUACUGUUUCACCAUGGCGAGUCACAAACGAUUAUUCUCACUCAGUCAUAUCUAGUCAGUUUUCCUGUAGACCGAAAGAGAGCGGUGAAGUGCUGGCUUUAGAAAGUUAUUUUCAACUGACGAUGGCUCUUGAACAAAAUUUAAAUUUGAGACUAAGAGAAAUUACACGAACAAAGAAAACCGAAUAGUAGUAGCAUUUUUCAUAAUUUAAGAUUCUGUCGCUGCUUUGGAUAUUACCAAACUUUCAUCACUGUCGUUUACCUUGAUGUAAUUAGGACGUGAAUUAUGGUCGAUGUUAUUUGGUGUUAUUUUUAUCGAAGUCUCAGGGUUACAAGUCUGUUUUGCGUAUUAAUUUCAUUUUGGAUGCGGCAAUUAUCCUAAACACAUAUACAGAGCGAAGUAUUCCUUUAACGUCAAAACAUAAUUAAAUUAUUGUUGUGAUUACUUAACUUAUUUUAAGUACUACGUAUCUUAUCUUAGCAUAAUACAAAAUGAAUAAUAAUGCUGUAAAUAGUGUACAGAUGUUUUAUUGAUUGAAACAAACUGUGUUAAAAAAAAUUGGCAGUUCGAGAUAACACACGUUUGGGUACUGAUAGUCUCCAUGUAUACAGGAAGUAUUCUUUUUACGAUGCUGAAGAGUGUUUAUCAGGUAGAGCGUAGCAGGACUUAAGAAAUUGCAUCUUAACUUAACUUAUCUUAACUUAACUUAACGAUCUUCCUUACACUUCUCGAAGAAGAGAUCUCCAAAAAUAUUUGAAUCAUUCACUUCGAUUACUUAAGUUGUUUUUUAGGUAGGGCUUAUCACUAUCUCAGCAUGAUACGAAAUGAAUAGAGAAACUAUAAUCCAGCAAAAACACUUUAAAGAUGUUUCUUAAUUGAAACACACUGUGUCAAAGAAAUUACCUCAAGGUAUUAUGUCUCUAGCAGUUAUUGUCUGCGACGAAUCCCAGAAGGCUAUGUUGUGAUACCCAUGAGCGAACACAUCAUAUAUUUUUUUAGCAACACACUGCUGCGGCUCAACCGUGAAUCUGACACUAGUCUACUUGUGAAUAUUACGGCAGCUCCCCGUCUUGUAUGGUAACUCGAUUCUUAUCGUUUUGCCAAAGGUUACUGUUAUCUUUAACAAGAAAACCAGAUCUAACUUACGAGUCUACACUUCACAUCAUUUCAUUAAAUACAAAGCUGGGAAUAAGGAAUGCGAACUUUCAAGUCUCACAUAAAUCAUCCGAGUUGUUGAAGAAAAAGUUUUAUUCCAUAUUUGCACGAAAGAAUGCGUAUGUCUACACCGUAAUCCUCUAUAACUAGUUCCUUGGGCCUAGAAUCACGGGCAAAUAUGAUCGUUUUUUGUGAUAUUAGAUUUAUGCGUGAAGAGCAACAUAAACUGUGUAUACAUGUACAAAGCUGAUACUAAACUUUCAAUAACGCGCCAGUAGCUAUCCUUGAUUCUUUUCCCAGACCGUACACGCUGAGUGCAAAAGAGCAAAUCGAAUCUGUUUUGCGCACUUGCGCACUUGGCUAGUUUGGCGACCAGGAUCAUUCUUGCAUAAAAACGAGGGGGGGGGGCAGGUUAAAUGGACGCUUGUUUUAAGAGAGACGCUUAUUCGAGGGGUUUGUUUAAGGAAGGUUGUUAAUUCGAGGAUUUACGGUAUUUACGAUGUCUUAAGUAUUAAUGUCAUCAUACUCUUGAUUGUACCUAUUCGUAAGCCACGGUAACUGAUGUUGGUGCAUGUACCUCCACGGUGGAAUGAGCCGUACGAUGUCCAGUAAUGACAAGACGCUCCUUACACGAUACAGGUGUUUGUCUGUGCUGCUAGCAAUACCAACCAACUCUUGUAUACCAGGCAUGUAAUUCCCAACACCAAUAGCAAAGAUUUCAACUCCAAGUAUUUUCAGUUGAAAGGCGCGGUACAGAGUGAGGUGGAUGUGCAUGUUUGAACUGCCAUCAGUGAGAAGAAGAACGCGUUUUUUGGCUCGUGGUCGUAAAUUGGAAUUUUUGUUCUGAAAGAGCUUUGUCCGGCAUUUGAGGAAUGCGUCUUGUGUGUUUGUCUUUUCGCCAAUGAAACGCACUCUAGUGCGCAGAUAAUGCUUGGCAGUUCUUAGAUCGGUGAAGUCAAAGGCGACGGUUGCUUUGUUAGAAUACACAAUACCUGCAUAAUGCGUGUUUGGGUCUGCUUUGUCGAUGAGAGUCUGCAGAGCUUUGAUGCCUCUGUGAAAAUCGUGCGGUCGAAUGGAAUUGGAGGCGUCGACCACGAGAACAACGUCGUACUCAGGCGGAUCAAUAUUUCGUCGGUGUCGUCUCCCAUUUUGGAUGAAGAAUUGUUCAAUUUUCCUAGCGGUGACUCGUUCCUUUGGCACUCUUUGUAUUCCUGUGAAAGUAAUUGCAAUUUUGUCAUUGUCAAGGUCUUUGAGGCUAUCUAUUGUUUUGUCACACACUUCAAACGAUGUUUAUUUUAAAGGCACCGUACAGAAUACAGAAUGUUGGAUUAAUUUUCCUUUUUUUUGUACGGGGCAGUAUUUUGUACUUAUGUACUUUGUACUUAUAAUGACACAAGUGUCUGGUUUAUGGCUGAUCACGUUGCAUUAACCUGUAUUUAAUUCAGUUGACAGUAAAUAAUAGUGUAUUCCAGACCUUAUUAGUUUCCCAAAAUUAUGCGAAAAUUAAUCCAAGUCUACUGAUCAGUAGCAUUACGGUUCUUCAUACCCUACGGUUUGGAUGGUUGGGGUCGAUUUUUCAAAAUAACUUCGGUGGGGAGUCGGUAGCAUUCAAUGCGCAAGUUGGUUCCUUAGCUAUGACUGAAUAAUUGGUACAGUUGUAUGGUAAUCUGCACGAUUACUUUGAUGCUUUUAUUUUUUUUUCAGCAAUUUAAACAUUCAACGUAUGAGUGAUCGCUCUUCAAAUGGUCUACCGUCCAUAAUUCAAUUGUCGUGUCUUGAAUCGCAUAAUAAACCAGUUCGCGAGAACUGUAACGAGUAUUGACCGGCGUGAAUUAGGUAACACUUACGUGAGUAAAAGGACAUGCCACUUUUCUUCGUUCUCUCCCAGACAAAACACUGCGAAAGUGCAACCGCUAAUGGCAAGAGAAAUAGUUUAGCGGUAAUCAUCUUUGGAAAUUCUCCUGAAGUUUGUUACCACUGCAGUUUUCACACCUUGGGUCUCUACGACAGACGCAGAGUUUCCAGCUUUCUCGCGAGACUAAUGAUGUUGCGGGAGAAACAAUUGUUUUUCUGAUUUGAUGGGUGUUAACAGGAUAGUUUCACUUGAUACAACUUCCUUAAUUUGGUUUGUGUUUCACGCCCUUAAUUGUUGAAAAUUGAUUUUCGGCUGUACUUCUAGAAACUGCUGAACUUCUCUUGAUAGCUUCCUAAGGACACAAAAGUAGCUUCACUAUGGUAUAACAAAUGGGAAGCUCUAUCCACCCAAAAUUUUGUUUUGUAUAGCUCUAAGGGAAAAAUAUUGAGAGAAAUUGACCGGUUGUGUAGUCUGGAUCCAUUAAGAAAACGGCUGUUCAUUUUUUUUUUUAAUUUUUAUGUUUCUUAUUUGCCACAGGUUAGCGUAUUUGACAUUUGUAGGAUUCUAAAUUUACAACCAUAUCAAUACCGCAUCAAAACAAAUCGAAAUAUGUAUUUUUGCUCAACUUCACCGAAAAAUCGUUCAGCUUUAUCUUAAGUGUGGGAAGUUAAAUCGUAAAAUAUACCAGAGACCGGGCAAAGAGAUAUUUUGAAAGCUUUAAUUUCCAUACUUCUUUUAAACUAUCGCCUUUUUCCAUUUAAGGUGAUAAAAAUUAUGUAGUGGUGAUACCCCCUGCUUGUUUAAUAAUAUUUGCGUGGAGCAACCAGCUCUGAGACACAGCUCAGUACGUAAUGGAAGUUCGUGUGAUAGAGGUCAUAGAUUGUACUUAGCGGCGGUUUUCGAUUCUUCGAGAAGACGUUAUUCCUAAAUUCUUUCUUUCCAAAUUUCCGGGUUAUAUUUCAGCAUAACCUUUCCCUUUGGGUCCAUUUUUUAUUUUUCGUUUUCUAUCGUAACUUUUAUAGACAGAAUUAAACGAACGAUUUAUACUUAAGAUGUGAUAAACACCUAGAUAUAUCUUACUUUGCAUUCUUUUUUUAAGCAGUUUUGACAAAAUGCAAUAAAGUUUAUUCUUUAUCUAUUUAUCAUUUUCUAAGUGGUGCUCAGUAAGAACUAGUUGAGUUCGUUAUCUUUAUCACCGUUUCUCAAUUCUCUGCGGAGCUCAUUUGACAUGUGUCUUUUAUCAUGUCGGGGUCAGUACUUAACUCCAUUAAGUGACCUUUUUUAAAGUUCAACGGAGCGCAUAUUUUCCUGCUCAAUUUUUCACCUAUCAAAUUACUCGAAUUCGUUUUCGACACGUCUUUUUUUUUUUCAAUGUCUGUACAUUAGCGGCUGUUUCGUGCGACCUACAAAGUUUGAACGUCAGUAAUCCUAGAAGAGUGCUGACAAACACUUCAAAACGCAAAUGGAUGUUGAAAAGGCUUUUUAUUGUGGAUGAUUCCAUUCGUGAUAGUAUGAGAUGCUCUUUACAGUGUGCCCUUUGGAUGAUUGAUGGUGAAAGUAUUCUUGGCACUGAUCUAUCAAAGGAAAGGUUUCUUGACUUUGAAAACAAUCUUGAAUGCACUUUUUCGUGAUAAAUAUUCAUGAAAGCGCUGCUGGGGGCAUUUUGCUGUUUUAAGGGUUUAAAUGUUUAAAUAAGUGAUGCCGCGGGGUAUUUUUUCCAUUGAUCACUUUUGCAGGUGAAGUGUGAUUAAUUCACCACAGUGUGUUGGUAGUGGUCGUUUUUAAGCGCUCUAAUGUAUACAACGGUGUUAAGUAUGAAUCCUGUUGGGCUCUGUGAAUUCAAUAUUAUUUGGUCCGAUUGCUUAUGCAAACAUUUCCAAAACACGAAAAUAGUUGUCUACUUGGUUAAAAGAUGACAACAUUCGUCAGUAAGCGACCACAGAACGUAAACAUUCUUAGUGCUCUCUUUGUGAGGUACCAUAUCACACCAUUAUCAUCUUUUGCUCGGCACUCAUAUUGACAGUGCCCUUUCGACCUAUGAGGGUGAGGUGAAAACGUUUGUAUUUCCCUCGUAAAUCAAAUAAAUUGAGGAAGAGUAAAAACUAAGUAAGAUUAAGAGCAAGAAUUUUCAGUAUAAUAUCUUGUUAUUAUCUUUUUUGUAACGCUACCAUAUGGAUUAAAUGAUCACAUACUUUAUUUAAUGAAGUUAUCGCCAACUUUGACAAUCUCUUAAUAAAGGAUUAAACAUAAUUGCAUUAUAUAUUUGAAAAGAUAGAGAACGACUAAGGACAAAGGAUGUAAAGUCUCUUUAAGCUCGACAUCGUUUUCCUUCGCCGGUUUAUGAAGACUUUCUCUAAAUCAUUUACCGUAGUGUUUUAGUAACAAACUCGAUGAAGCUAAUUUUACAUCACGUUCACGAAACUGUUUUAAACAACGCAACAAUUAUUGCGUGCAAUAAAAAUAACAAAUUGUGUUUCCUGGAAUCUCCUCUGAUUGACAGGUACAACCCUCUACUUAAUUGUGGCUGUCAAAGAAGUCGUAUCGUUUUAGUUUAGCAGUUUACAUCUUGUUCUACGUUGUCCCUAACUCUUGUUUUUUGCUUUCUUGUUACCAUUAUUAGCUUGUGACACUCUUUCCUUAUUGGCUCUCCUUAUUUGCUCAACGCUUUACGGUCCUUGUUAUGUUUGACAAUGGGCUCGUCAAAAACCAAAAUAUUACGUUAAAUUGUUUGCUUGUUGUGUACUUUCUUGCUUAUUCUCAUACAUGAAGUUGGCGAGAUGUUCUACGUAGUUGUUUUCUUGUUAAGACUUUCUCGUUUGUUGCAUCUUCUAGAUCCAUCAAAAUGCAAUUCUUAGAAAUGGAAUUUGUUUUGCAAAUCUAUUCUUAAAAUGAAUUACAUCUUCGGCACUUUUAACUCACAAACAUUUACAUUUUAAAGGAGGAUGUUAAUUUGCUUUUUAGACUAAGGAUAUUGUCCUCGAAGUAGAGGAAUCUAAGAUUAGUUUUAUAACAUAGGAAAGUACGUGGAAUAUGGCAAGUUUUGAGCGCGGUAAAGAAAUAGAGAAAGAUGUUUUUCGUCUUGUCACGAGCGUGAGACAAAGAAAAAUGCUGAGGCCCCGUGAGGAACGGAACCUCAGACCUUUGGAUUCCGCUCUCCGAUGUUCUACCUCUGAGCCACAGAGACUCUGCGGUGAGCAAGGUCUAUUACGAAGCUCAUAGCACACGCGUCCUGUAUACUGCUAGGAUCAGCAAUGUCGAUAGCGUUAUAGAAAAGUAUGGUUUGAAAUGCACGAGAGACUAUGAGUAUGGAGAAGGAUGAAGACAUUCGAUGAAGAUUAAAAAUGGCCUGGUGUUGUUCCUUAAAUGUGGUAACCUGAAACAUAUACUUGCUAAAAAUGACCGAAAGCUGCUCUAAAUUGUGGCUAUUUUAGUGACGAAAACUUUCUUUCUGGCCUCCAUCUUUUGAGAGUAUUUUAAUGUUGCUUGAACUAGUUGAAAAAAAAAAGUCAUUGCUUCUGAUUUAAAGUCACAAAAUAGUCUUAUUGAAUGGACUGGUCUGAACGGACAGCUAAUUAUAAUUACUAUCAACGAUGUUCCACAAUUUUUUCCGCUGGAAUUCGAGACUUGCUCAGAUUUUGUUGUUUAAUUUUAGAAAAAAAGGUUUUCGUGACUAUUAUAUAAUUACUGUCAACGAUGUUCCACAAUUUUUUUUCAGCUGGAAUUCGAGACUUGGGUAGGUUUUGUUGUCUAAUUUUAGAAAAAAGUUUUCGUGACUAUCGUAUGUAGUCGUUUGACAUCCGAAUACACUCCAGACACUUCGAUGGUUGUAGAAUGCAUUUGAGAUCACGCAAAAUGGUAAAAAAUACCACUCCCACCUCCAAAGAAUGCACUUAAUAUGGUUUAACGGAACGUGGUGUGAUUCAAAUGUUUAUUACAUUAUUCUAAACCUCUUUUUGACUGCAACUGAAUUAUUCGUCAACCUGACAGAAUUCCAUGGAAAUGUGAAAAUGACGGCAUUCCAUAUUUUCUGACUUAAGUUAUAUCACGUUAUAAAUAUUUUAGUACGCAGACAAACGGUUAGAAUGCUGGACAAGUCCUAGAAGUCUGAUGGAAAAAUCACAAACUUGAAUAGCUCUCAUUUUAGUUUAACGUUCUAGAAGUAAAAUUGUGUUCAGUUUAUAACAAGUGCGCACGAUUUUUCUGUCAUCGCAAAAAUACGAGAAACUUUACCCGUAGGAAGGAAUCCUUGCUGAUAAUAAGCGCCCACGUGCGUGUGACAGUUUUGUCUGGGCUGCACGAUGAGCGUUCUAAAGUGCGACGGGCCGGCUGUCAUUACGUGGGUGACUGCAAUGGAAAUCUACCACUAAAUGUACUCAAACGUUUAUCUCCUUACGUUAGUUCCCUUUUCGUUUGCGUCGCGCUGGGAAUCCGUGAGUCAUCAGUAAUUUUUAAAAACUUCAAGGGCAAAGGGGUUGAGCCAAUUUUUUUUUUUGUCGCGCCCUUCGCUCUAGCCAGAUUACAUAAUGACCUAAACAUGAAUAAGAAAAAAAGGGCUCGGGAAAAUGAUAGAUGGGAAGGGAAAAUAAAUAAUCCUUCCUUCCCGUCGUUCAGGAACUCGCAGUUUCUCGAUUGUCCGAGUCUUUCCUCGGCUCUUUUGACUGAGUGCUGGUAAAAGGCUUAUUAGCAGCCGUCACAACCGGAAAUAAGAAACUCGAGUCUCACGUUGAAAUAGAUGGUGAUGUUUCUUUUUUUUUUCCUUUUUCGAAAAAAAAAAUCUGCUGCCUUUCUGGCAAAAACGUUUGAGUGGGUGAGGCCUUGGCACUGCGGCCCGUUACAUGGGCAAGACUGCUAUGAACUAAAUGAUUUGGAAUCUUGUCUCAGACGUUUCUUAACCGAGAUAUGGGUUGCGUAUACACGGAUGUUUUAUCGUGCCUUGAAUUGAGGACAUGCGAGGCAGAGGAAUUGAUAUGUGGGUAUUAACAAUCGUAACAUCAUUAAAGUUUGAUGUCCGUCAAGAUGUGUAUUAUCAUGUGGAGGUAGAAUUACCUUCAUGUUACCGGGUAUAUUUGUGAGUGUCUUCGUUCAUUGGAAAUUUCAUGUUUCUUCAUUAUCUGCUUAGGUCCUCCGGACACAUUUUUCCCAGAAGUAGCACCGAUGUCGCCUUUUUCGAACAGUUUUCAACUCGUGACAGUGACUUGUAGAAGCAUUAGGGAGUUAAGAGGGAGAUUAUAAUGACUCCAAGUGGAAAAAAUGAAAGUUUGUAUCGUUACUCAUCACUUUGAUUAAAAAAAAGUUUGAUAGGAAUACUGUUAUACAUAAUUACCGAUGAUAAGAUUGAUGCUCUGAACAAAUAGCCACAACCUACGUCAAGAGAUAACGUUUGGAGAGGUGAUUGCGAAAUCUCCUUUAAUUAAUUAGUUGUAUUGCCCUAUUGUUUUUGUAUUGCUUGCUGUGUAAACAGUAACUCAGAAAGAUAACUUUACUUUGUUCUAGAAUGUACUCUGCUGGUUUAUCUGCGCAGCAGAUGGACACAAUUCAGUGCACUGAUGCAUGUAAUUUAAUUUCCCAGACUAUCGAUUUUGUUGAACUUCUAGAAAAUGUUACUAUUUCGCUGACGUGGACGUGGAAUUGAGUGUGUCAAUCAGAUUGCAGGAAAGAAGUAUUUUAAAGCCUUAGGUGGCACUUAAUUGCGAAAGAAAUCGAAGAGGAACCAACUUGUGGGUAAAACGAAAGGGCUAUUUCAAUAACAAAAAAGAAAUAGGCGCACUUCGCAUUUUACUGCUACAUUUUGAAAGAUUCAGUUAAACUUUUGUUUUGUUUGUUUAAGUUUUGAUCGCCGUGUAUCAUCCAUCAGAAUACAUGGUAACCUCAGUCCACCAUCUUUUGUAAUACUCACAUCCUCUUGGUGCUUAUACAUUCUGUAAACUUAUUGUUUUGAGAUCACUUUGUGUUAAAAGUUGAAAGUUACUUAAACCUUUGUAGAUGUAGGUCAGAAUACCGUUAUAAAGCCGCAUAAAUUCUGAAAGACAUCAACAACCACAACGAACAAACUUACGCUCUUCAUGUUUCAAUUGUCCCUUCUCUGGUGUCCAUAUGAAUCCGGUGAUAAUCUGACAAAAUGCGUAGAAUAUGAGACAGUGAACAAACCGGGUUGCCAUUCUUCCACGUAUAAUAAAUUGAAACGGCGCUUUUGGUUGCUUAGAGAAGGGUCUCUCUCUUCUCUUGAUAUCUCUACCCUGCACCAGUAACUAAUUAGAAGGUAGCUUUGAUUGAGGUGAUCAGUUUAAGUGUUGUUCAGGGAGUGGUAUGCCUGUCAAUCUAAGCGAAUCAAGUGACCCGUAAAAUCAUAAAUUGGCUAAACGAAACAACAAACAUUACAAUAGAGAGCUGAAACUUGUUAUAUUUUUGAAGUGCUUGUCAGACAUCUUCCACUUGCUUUUGGACUUGUUUGCUUUCGUUCUUUUUCUCUCAUUUUCAAAACGUUGGUCGUUCUUCCCAGAAAUCCUUAUUCUACAAACUAUCAUCAACGAUAUCAAAUUUUGCAAGAUAGGAAAAUAAUAAUCACGGUAGUCAAAGUUUAUUAACGAAACCUUAUUUGGGAAUGAGGAAAGGGAGCCUCUGAUAGUAUACAGUAUUUUGUUCAACUUUCAAACCUAUUGAUGAGAAAUAGCGAGGAGGAGCGCUUACCUUUUCCCAGCCGAGCGUUAACGAUUUUGCGGUCUUUUAGUCAAAAAAUGGAAGUCGAGAAAAACGUCUGGGGUCGGCCUUUCCGGUGGUUUCGAGUUUUCAAAGAGAAAGCUCAAGUCCUGUCUGUGUUUUUGAUACUGAUUGAUUAAAGGUUCAAUGCAUUUCAAUUCAAUAGAAUUUUUUUGCAUAUCGUUGAGUUUCGUGUUCUGCUUACCACGCCAGCUGGUUCUUAAUUAGAGAUAACAUCUUUACGAAAUCGCUAAAAUGAAAUGAUGUGGCAUUUUUUUAUUUCCAAAAUAUUCUACACUUAUCCUAUAUGCCUCUAAUUCCUCCAAACCUUCGAAAACAACAUUGAACUGAUAACAGUAAUGUCAAAUGUUAACCUACGACCAUUUUUAUGCAAAUCUGGUGAAAAGGAUUUUAUCAGCAUUAAAUUCCAGCGUGGAAGGUACGAGAACAGUGCAUGGAACAGAUUAAACGUCUAGCCAUGUCGAAUUGAUUUAUGCAAUCGAUAUUAAGAGAGAUAAUUACCUUUGAGUUUUGGAAUUUGGCUCUACAGUUUAGCAAUAUUAUUCUUACAGUUUGCGGUCAUUGUGCAAAUAUUUUGUUUAUUCAGUAGAACUUUGCGGUCAGCAUUGUCUUCACCCAAAUUGAAGUUAAAGGGUUUUGAUAUAUUGUUCCGAAUUCCUCUGCUCAGUUGGGAAGUUUAACUUACUCAAUGGUGAUUACAAAACAUCGCCAACUGAUGUAUUUUUCGCCUUGUAGCAGUUUGCUUUACUCAUCUUGUACGGGCCCAAUUAUCACCAGCUUUUAUUUUGCUAGCAGAGGCCUGUCGCGUAGUCUGUAUUUUUUACUUUGAGUAUUAAAGCUAUUCAGAAGCCGAUAUCUUUAGUUAUCUCCUUCAAGGUAGAUAGAUAUUUGAAUAUUUCCUAACCUAUUCUCAAAGUCGAUUAUUGUGGUAUCACUGUUUAAGCCGUUAAUGUGACGACGCAUAUAGUCUGAAAAGAGAGACAUGCUGUGAUGCGGAAUCGAUUACGAAACAGCAUUACUCCCUGAAACUUUCAAUCUGACUCUUGUUUGCUGAAUGACCCUCUAAAAGACAGUUUUGCAAUAAAUAUACGCAGAAAGAAACUAACAGAACGGCUUUAUUCUAAUGGUAUAGAGAGGUUGAGCAGAUGUCUCCUGUGACCUUGAAGACAAAACACUCCUGAAGUGGUUUCAUUCCACAAUAGUGUGUCACCUGUUUUGACUACCUCUACUCCUUUGGUUCAUAAUAGUGUCUACUAAGAUAAUACUUGAAUUGCAGAAAAGUUUUCUUAUAAAGUUUUGUGGUUCAAGUUUCAAAUAAAAGAAUAUUACUUAGAGAAAAUGCCAACCACCUUCCUAUCACUAAAACAUUAUUGAGUUCUCGGUAAAUUUUCCACUUGAGACGUGCGAUAGUGCUCCUUACUAAUACACGCCUAUGUUUAUUUAUCCACACAAUUUACGUCAACUGAGCAACACAUUCGAGAACAGGGAAAAAUUAAUUCUAGAAAUAAUAAAGAUAUUUGUUUAUAAUGGGUCUCGUCCAUUUGUUCAAUUGAAAGACGCCCAUUUAAUUUAUAUUUUUAGUGUCGCUUUUCUUUUAAACUUUCAGGCAGACUUAUUUUGUUUGCCUCGAUUCAGACAGUUUUCAUUUGCAUGUCAGACAAAGUAAUGCCGAUUGAUCAAAAGGGCCGACCUUACUCAUCCUGCAUUCCCUGAUAAACUUCUAAAUUUAAUCAAUUCGUUAAACGGUCUCCUACUUUGUUUAUGAAAAUUCAUUUCCUAGUUCAGUUUUCACAGAACAUGUCACCUUUUUGUUUUUCAGAGCCAACAGCUUCUGCGUAGAAUACUUGAAGCAGCAGUUUCAAAUGUCAGCAGCCGCUCAGCUUCCCCUCUUGCUCCCCCCCUUGGUCACGAGUCGGAUCAUGAGCCUCUAUUUGAAAAUGAGGCGCCACCUAAGCAGGAUGAUGAUGAGGUAUCAAUCGCUACUGAAGCUUCUAGUAGUACACUGGGUUCUACUCCACCCAAAAUGGAGCUAAAGUAAGUGAUAUUCAUUCCAAAGUAAGAAAUAUUCAGCAUGCGUGCGCUUUACGAAGUGUAAAAUCUCAUUGGCUAAACAGGGUGUGUUCUUGACCUUUAAAGCACGAUUUAUUCGCGCCAGUCACAGUUUUCCUUGCUCCUAACCUUAAAGGGUAAUUUUAGUGCUUGAAAACUUAUUUCGAUUUAUUUUCAUCACUAUUUAUACAGAGGGGAUGUAAAUCAUCGCUUUAUCAAUGCCAAGCAAUUUAAUAGUUGAAUAGAAAAAGGGUUAGAGACUAGGGUUAAAAGGAACUCUGUCUUUAUUUUCAAUUUCCCUUUUAUUCUGUUGCCAUUUUAUUUCGGCAAAGAAUAUUUAAACAAUGUUUCUGAAGCCUUGCAGAAUUCUUUGUUCAAUGACACUAUUUUGCGUCCACUUUUCGCCAUAGAUAACUGUAAAAACUUAAUGAUUUAUGUCAAUUAACACCUUUUUUAGUAAAUCCAAGGAUCAGAAUCGCCAACCGACACCAGACCCAACGGCCUCGUACGAGGAUGAUUUUGAAGAUGAAGUUCCCCUCACCGAAACUCCUGCGUACCUUAAAAUGAUGAGCAGUGCUCACUCUGAACCUGAUGAUGACAUCAGUGAUCCGCUGGCUAACACUGAACCGCAAAAACAAGAAAGCGAGGCUGACGAAGAUGUUGAGAGGGAAUUGGCACGGAGUAUAUCCCCGCCUACGACGUUACCUAGUCAGAAAUCGCAGAACUAUUCAAAAAGCGGGAAACAAAAACCAAAACUUUCUUUGUUUGAAACUGAUGCAGAUGGAAAAACUAACAAAGACGUGGGUGAUAGCUGGGGAGGAACAUCUCUAAAGUCUGUCAAAUCCGACAUUUCAGAUUCUGACUCAUUAGCAUCGCCUCCGUUAUCGCCGGAUGACGUGAUUGGAUACACGCCAACUGCUUUGGAAAAACAGCAAAACGGUGAAAAAGUUGACAAGGAAAAUGAUAAGAGUGAGCCUAAGUCCUUUACUGACUCCAAAGCCAAACGAAAAACAGGUAUUUCAUUUGAACAAUCCUCACUGGCUUCCUCGAUAACUUGAUAAGUUUUUGCUUUACAACAGCCAAAACAUACGAGUUAAAAUUCUACGACUUUAGAAUAGAUGAACGUGUUUUGUCAGGUUUGAAUAAUAAGAAAACAUGGCGAGUAAGACCGUGUUAUUUUGCUUCAAGAAUUCUAGAUGUAUGAAUCCUUUGAAAGAAAAUUUUAGGUGGGGGUUCCUAAUGCAGUAUUUCGACCGAGGAAAGUGAGCGAUAAGACUGAGUGCCACUCGGGGCAUGGUAACAAUUUCAAUGCUGUUACUAGCUUUUGAUUAUUUGUUACUAUCAUUCUGACUAAGUCUCUUGUAUUUCUUCCUGCAUAGAUUUCUGGAAUACCUCAGACACGGAGUCCGAAGUAGAUUUACAGCUGAGCACGGGAGGAAUGGAUCAAGAGGAUGAUGACGAUUUUGAUUUCUACGGAUGACCCACGAAUAAGAAAGAUUAGGGUAUCUGCUGGUUCAUAGGUAUCCAGUGUAAAAGGGGCAAGCAAGUCUUUGGGAAUUAAGUGUAGUAACACGCCUGUUUAAUGAAACCAAUGCGAUUGAUCUGCGAAUUUCAGUCUUGAAAAUUCAGUGGAGGCGGCGUUAACACGCAUCAUUUUCUUACCUUAUAUCAUUUUAAUAACAUAAACAAAACGUUUCAUCUCACUAGAAAUCUGACAUCAGUAUUAACAAAGAGUGAAUUAUGAUUGAAAAGAAAUCUGCACGAAGCUCUUCGUAUGCCUUGUUUGUAUAUAAAUAUAGCACGAGACAGUUGACGUCUCAACUGCUGAUUUUCGUUCAAUCUUCUACUUCAUUAAAUAUUUCUUUCUUCAUGAUAUUUACCACUCAUCCGAACAAAUGGC